AUGCCCCCUGAACGGCAUUUCCGGAUUCAACUUUGCACCGAUGCGGCGGAGAUCCUUAUAACGAGCAAACAACUGUUUGUUUGGAUUUUCACUGCCAACAUGUGGGGCCUUGCGAGCUGUGCAUUGUUCAAAAUGAAUGGGUCCCUCGUUCCUGAUCGUGAGGACUUGAUGAAGGGUUUGUUUUGAGGAGGGCGUGUUGCUGGAUUGUGUAGAUGUAGAGUGUUUGGAAAGAUGCCUGUUGUGGUGUGUACGUGCUGGGACAGAUCUCAGCUUUAUGCAUCACUGCAUAUUAUUUGAUGAGAUGAUCCUGUGAGAGGCAGUCAGAAACUUGCGGAUAGUUCCUCACUUGAGAAAUACACAAUGAUAGGCCAUCCAGGCAUGCCACGUUUGGCUCUUCGUGACAGUGGCUGCUGCUGCACAGCCAUGCUUACCUACCUGCCUCACCGAAUCGAGGCAAGCAGCGAUCUUUCCGUGCAGCUUCCUGUUUCCAUCCCUCUGCUCUGCUUUCCCCUACUUUCGGAAGGCACACUUUUCUCAACACUUGAUCGCCUCAAAAGCAUUCUGCCUUCUGUCUUGCAGCCCAACAAGUCCUGUUUUGUCAUGCCUCGCUCACAGAUACGGAACGCGGUCAGGAGGUCAGUGAGAAAGACCAAACCGGUACCUUCCGGUCGUCAAGGGGAGGGUGGUACGCCACCUGAGGAGGAGGAUAAGGGCGAUGAAAACUACCAGUGUAGGGAGUAUUGGUUUUGCGUAAGUUUGUUUUGUACAGGUUUUGCUGAGUGUAUGCUAAAUUUGACUGGGGGUUUAGCACCGCUGUGGUGAGGGGCCGUAUACGUUGUUUGAACGCGAUUGUGAGAGCGGGGAGUGUGGGCAUCAUGCUCGGUGUUCGAAAUGUCACGUUGAGUGGGGGUGUGCGUGAGUGUGGUGGGUGGUGGCUAAUAUGUGUGCCGUCGAGGUUGAAGAAUUGUUCCCAAGUC